AUGAAAUGCCAAACAAGUCACUGGCAGAAAACUCCAUUGAAAUCGGCACUGAAGAAUUUGAACAAGAACAUCUCUGUCCUUCGGCGCCAUCUUAAACUAACAUCCGACGAGGAAUGGAGGGAUUGGCUACGGAGUCCUAAUUUUCUUCUUUACUGGGACGAAUUAUGGACAUCUUGGCUAAGCAACCAGUACAAGAAAUAUCGAGAUCCAGGUAUCGAGAAAGUGCUCACUGUUAUGCAGGCAGAAGCCGAAGACUUUGAUGACAAACAUGUUGACAAAGCUGGGUGGGAUGACAUUCAUCACUAUGCGAGUUUCAUGCAUCAGAUCUUGCGUCGAAACCUCAACCACACAGAUGGUCUGUUCAAGAAUCGUCCUAUGGGUCCUAAUGAGGCCGAAGCCUACCUUUGGGCCACCAUGAGGGGUUCUUGUUCCAGACACAAAUGCAUUUCCUCCAAACACAAACAGGCAGGCAGCAGAUAUCGUCAACGCCAUGCAUUAACCUCAACCCGUAAAGGGUGA